AUUGUUUUUGGGCAACAACAAAAAAUUUUUAAAUUAAUCUUUUUACCCUCCCCCUUUCCUUCCUACAUGUGUGGAAAGUUUCAUUAAAAUCAGAAUUUUCGAGUUUGCGAGGUUUCCUUGUGAGUGAACAUACUUGUAUCUACUUAUACUGUGGUUUAUACUGUGCUCUAGUCUUGAUGUUUGGAGUUUCCCUUCUAUUACUUUUAAGUGAAUCUCGGUAGAUGCUCGGCACAUCAGCACGUGAAUUAUUUUGGCAGCAGAAGGCAGUGAAAGGUAGUAGCAGAUGCGGGGGUUGUGCAAGAUUUUUUGAAGAGAUGCAUUAAGGAUUUUUUAAAUUUGUUGAGGUAAUGUAUUGAACAACGGAGCAAACACAAGACAGAAUGCAUUGGGUCAAGAUCUCGUGUAUCUUGUGCAUGUUUGGAUGCUUUAAGGACUUUCGACCCUCUGAAUCAUUUGUGACCGAUUAUUUGACCGGGCCAUGGAAGAAUUUUACAUCUGACGAAGUGAAUCAACAUAUCUAUCCUGUGGCUACGUACAGCUACUUGGCAACGCUGAUACUUGUCUUCUUGGUCACAGACUUCGUCAGAUAUAAACCUAUUAUUGUAUUAUGCGGCAUUUCUGGCAUCAUCACGUUCCUCAUGAUAAUACUUGGCAAAACUGUGAUAGUAUUCCAAAUCGUGGAAUUUUUUUAUGGCCUGUUUUUCUCCACAGAAGUAGCCUAUUAUACUUAUAUAUACGCCAAAGUGGACAAAAAACAUUAUCAAGAGGUGACGGGGCAUACUAAAGCGGCUACGUUGUUUGGCCGUAGUAUGUCUGGCAUUGUAGCACAAUUAACGGCUUCCUUCGAUUUACUCAAUUAUCAUCAGCUCAAUUUUAUAACUCUUUCAGCCUGCAUUUUCGCAACGGUCUGGUCGCUUUUUCUGCCUUCUGUAAAUCAGUCUAUGUACUUCCAUCACACAAGCAGCGUUUCCGACGAGGAGCAAGGGAAAGGGGCACUCGAUCAUCAGUCGCGACAUUCAAGUAAUCUGCGAAAAUCAUCGCCCAGUGUCGAGAAUGGCAAAAUAAGGAGUUGCUGCUUCGUAUUGUCAGGUGCGUCGUUGCUUUGCAAGAUCGGAAACGCUUAUGCGCUGCUGUGGAAACACUUUGUGAAGGCUUAUACCAAUUAUCGUGUGGCGAAGUGGUCGGUCUGGUGGGCACUAGCCACCUGCGGCUAUCUGCAAGUCAUCAACUACAUUCAGCUGCUGUGGCAGACAGCGGUGGAGCCAGAGGACAGGAUUUAUAACGGUGCCGUGGACUUCAUCUAUGCAAUCGUAGGUGCGGUGACCGUAUUUUGUGUAGGAAGGGUACAGUUAAAUUGGACCCUAUUAGGUGACCUGACAUUGUCUAUUUUCUCACUGCUGGAAGGCGGUAUACUAUUAGGAUGUUCUUAUAGCUACAACAUUUGGCUUCUGUAUUUUGGUUACGUCAUUUUUGGUGUAAUUUACCACACCAUGGUCACUGUUGCAAGCUUCGAAGUCGCCAAAUGUAUAUCCGAGGAUAGCUACGGCCUUGUGUUCGGGAUGAAUACAUUCUUCGCGUUAUUAACGCAGAGCAUAUUGACGCUCGUGGUCGUCAAUACGCUCAUGCUAAAUAUUAGACAACAGUUUUUCGUCUACGGCAGCUACUUCCUGAUUCUAGCCGUAGUAUACAUUGUGAUGGGCAUCGUUAAUAUCGUGCAACAUUAUCGAAGCGCUGCAGGUUUCCACGUAUGGAUCAGCAGUGACGAUAAAUUUCCAUCUGCGAGUGAUGCGAGUAACAUUGAGCUGUCCAAGCACGAGCGUAAUGGCAGUUGAAAUAAAUGAAUUUUAGCUGACAAUUCAACUUGUAGCUUGAAUUAUGUAUACGGUUUUUUAAUCGUUGAAUUAGUCCACGCCGCGAUUAUUGUUUUUAUAUAAGACACUUUCUGUUAUUUUCGCGGCGUGUUGUUCCUGAGAAUUUUAUAUAUAGGAACUUAUUGUUGUAUAUACAGUAUACAUAUGCACAGUAUUAAAUUGCUAAAUUCUUAUUUAUAAAAUUUUUUUAUAAAUAAGUAUUUUUAUAUAUAGAAUCAAGAUACUUUGUAUUAAGAAGGUUCGCCUAUUAGUCGAAAGUCAACUUAGAGUCUUAAUUUUUUUAUAUGAUUUACACAAACACUUUACACAAAUAAUCCCAAAAGUUGAGCAAUAUUGACCGUAUAGUUUUUUUGUAAUAUUAUUCAGAAGUUGACCACUUUGAGCCUAUCGCCUCAUGAGAAACGGUCGCUCUGAUGAGGUAAAUGAUCACUGAUUUAGUACACACUUAGCCAACUUAGGACUUUGAAAAACUAGCAUUUGACAGAUGAAACAUCAAGGAUUGCAUAAAAACUUUAAAAAUAAGAUUUUACUGUGUAGAUUUAAAGCUUUAUUGCCACAAAGUUUAUUUUUACCUCAUGGAUCGAAUUAGUAAUGACAGACGUUGCCAUUAUUGGCAACGCAACAGCUGUUGCGAACCCAACCUCACAAACAGGGACCGUAUUCUCGAGCCUGUUCGCAUGCGACUUUCUAUUUGAAAAGUAUUGAAUUUCGCAUGCGAGUUUCAUGAAAACGAUUCGAGAAUAGUGUUCGACUUUAGUGUUAAAGAUGUAUGUCGCUAUAGCUAUAUGUAGUAUAAUUUUGUUUUCUUGAUUAAACAGUGUAGAGCUAAUCUCAGAAAUUAUUCAUAAACAACAUGGUAUCAUUAGGACAGAAAAAGCGUAAAAAUCGCAAUUUUGUCCCAUUUUGAUCGCAAAUUUAACACAGGUUUUUGGGAUAUAUAAGUGCACAAUCUCUGUAAAUUUCAGCUUUAUCCCUUUAUUUUGACAUAACCGACAUAUAUCUUUAACUACUAAUCAUGAAUUCACGACACGCAAUCAUCAAUGUAUUAGUCAUUUUAAGUCUUUAGUAUUCUCUGACAAUUGUUCAUAUAGGUUUUUAUAAAUUAUUUGUAAUUUAUACUUUACUUUAUAAUGUUGGAUAAUAAGUAUUUGAUAACGAUUCCCGAGUCGUUGACGCUCUCAUACGUCGGCAUAUAUUUGUUAAUAUUCUAUACACUAAUAAUUUACGAAGAAUAUAGCACAUAACUAGCAUCUACAAUUCAUUAUACUAAUAUUGCAUAUAUAAUUCGGGAUCGCUGUAAUGACUUAUUAUUCAAUCGCAUUUUUGACUUUAGAAUAAGUAGUAGGCGAACCUCCUUAAGUAACCGAAGAUUCUCCGUUUUUCUACUGUUUUUUAUCGUUAAAACACAAGUAGUUUUAAAAUUCUUCUCUUCAAUAGGGACUUUUUAAAAGAACUUGUUUUGGAAGGAAGAAGUGCAAUAAAAUCAAUUACCAUUCUAACACUUCAAGACUGUCUAGCUUCAAUUUUUAUUAGACAGCUUCAAUGCAUCAAUCUAGUAUUAUUGUCAUGACGAAAAAGAGUGAAUAAUAAACGCUAUUUACAUUAA